AUUCAAUUCAUUCAAUUUAAGAUAAUUUUGAUCUAUAUACUUUUAUUUCUUUUUUGUUUGUGCCGGUCGAAUUUAUCAAAUUGAUUAUUAAAACUGGGCGUUGUCGAAAUUGCAUACGAUUGUUCAACAUUAGGUUGACAUUUAAUAAUGGAAAGCAGCAUAAAAGAUAGUUUAUUAAAAUCUUUAUCACAGCUCGAAAUGAAUAAAGAAUCAACGGUUUCUGUCAAACUUGAAAAUAUCAUUCCUCCACUGAAAGAUCGUGACUCACAAGGAAAUCAAGUUGAGGAUUUUAUCAAAAUACUAAAGCACAUUGUCGCGUGCAUUGAACGAAAUAGCAAAAAUUUCACAGCUCUUAAUCCUCCAAGUAAAUAUUUUUCGGAAGACCCACAAACAAGAAUAACAAAUUUGAGAGAUUAUUGCUUUUUUUUUAUUCGAGCUAUUCGUGAAAAUAUACUUUGGAAAUAUGCAAACGUUGAAUAUGGUCUGUGGCCAUCGAACGGCAUGUUUUGUGCCUGGAAAACAUUAUGUUUUGCUCUAUUUGACAAUCCAACUUUCUGCGAUACUCUUCUUCAUGAUAAACUGUAUUAUCCAACAAUAGUUCAAGAUUAUAUUACCGAAAAAGUCCCACUAGUAAUGAAGACUGUUGUAAUUAUUCUGUCAGAUUCGGACUUGGAUACAGUUGUUUCAUUUUUAGCAUCAGUUACUGAAAGACCUUGUGUUUGGAAAAUAUCCGCUGUUUAUAUCCAAGAGUCGAUUGAAAAAAAAUUCGCACAACUCUACAAAGAAAAAAAGACAAAAGAUUCAGUAAAUAUUGAUAAAAUUCUGACAAUAUUUCGAUUCAAGGAGGAGAUUUCUUCGAAAAUCAAAGACAAUCAUUGGGACGCGAUUUCAAUUUGGACUGAAAAUGUUUUAUCUGCAAAACAUUACGUUAUGAAUAUGAUGGUUUCUCUUGUUUGGAUAAAUUCAUUCGGUGAACUUGGUCCAGGAGUUGCGCUUCGAACUGAUUCUAAACUCAAAUGUCCAAACGUUAGCAGAUUUGAAUUGAAAUCGGGAUUUUUCACAGGAUCCGGAAAGAAAUUUGAUCUUUUCUACGAUGGUUUAUGGAAAGAACCGAAGAAUGGAAAAUACUGGACUGACUGUAAUGGAAAUUCUUGGGCCUCUGCGUCACAAGAAGAUGUUGAUAGUUGUGUGCAAUCCGCGAAACGUGGUUUUGAGAAAUGGCAUUUAACACCUUUCAGUAAAAGGAAAACAAUUCUGCAAAAGUUUGCCGAUAGAAUUCACGCAGAUGGAAAUAGACCACUUGCUAAGUUAGUGAGAUCCCAACUUGAUAAUCCAAUUCUAUACGGAAGUUCAUCAACAAUUAUUCGGGAUGGAACUGUUGAAGUUUUGACAGUCAGAGAUCCAAAAGGAGUCAUUGCAAUUGGUAGAAAAGACAGUAACGAUCUGUUUCUUCGCGUGAUAAAUGCUUGCAUCGCUGGAAAUGCGGUCAUAGUGAUGUAUGGUGGAGUUUUAUCUCCGAUCAAUGAGUACUGUGAUAUGAUGAUUACUAGUGGAAUUCCACCUGGAGUUAUAAACUUUUUAAGUUUCGAAAAUCUCUUUAGCGGAUUCAAGGAAGUCUACAAUAAUUCUGCAGUCGCUCAUGGAUGUUCUCCAGCUUUCGAAGAAUUUGACGUUUUUAUGCUCGACUUUUUCAAGUACUGGAUCGAUCUCGUAACUGAUGACAAUGAUUGCCGAUUUAAAGAAAUGCUGUACACAAAGUACACUCAGCCAAAAUCUAUUUGGCUCCCUUUUAAAUAACCACCAAUUUUUACGAUCAAGAGAAAUAUAAAAUCUCAAACACAAAUUCUGAAAAACUUCAACAGAAGUAUAUUUUGAUCUAUUUCAAUAAAAUACAUUUCUUUAUUUGAAUCGUCAAGACUGACAUAAAAGCAUUUAUUGUAUUUUUAUAAAUUUUCUUCAUCUUAAAAAUAUUUUAUAUGACAAAAAAAUAAAGAAAUUUACAUUUUGACACA